UUGACCUUCAAGUGCACAGCAGCCACUGACAGAAGGCGAUACUCCUAAAGCGCUGCCUUUCAACUCCCUUUGUGGCGUCACACCACUUUGAUGAGUGUAGGUAGGUGGCUAUCUGUCAUCGCCUCGAUAAAAACAACACAAUAUUCACCUUCGGGAUUAUCAAGGCACCUAAAAUAUACCUUACCAUUCAAGGCGGGUCAGAAUUACCGAUAUUACUCCACCGUGGCAAUUCCUUUUACGAAGCUAGUUGAGAACAUUCUAUCCAACUGAGUCUGAAAAUCUAUGUUGACAUUAAGUUUAGAUGCGUGUCUGUCAGCAUUUGAUGAGGAACCAGGGGAGUACUACAUAGUUGGUUUUAAAGGUUCAUGCUACUAUUAUCAUUAUGGUGCUCAAGGUGUGAAUGACCAAGGCUGGGGCUGUGGCUACAGAACACUGCAAACCACUUUAUCUUGGUACAAGCUUACGAAAUCCUGUCCUUUCGAUGUACCUACUUUACUUGAAGUUCAAAAUAUAUUGCAUGAAAUUGGGGACAAGCCUAGAGCUUUUGUAGGCUCUCAUGAUUGGAUUGGAACAUACGAAUGUGGAUUAGUAAUACAAUACGUGACAAAGAUAAUACGUGUGGAGAAUGGCCUUUUUACGGAGGAAAUCAUCGAAUUGCUUGUUGAUCAUUUUCAAGCACACGGAUCACCAGUCAUGCUCGGAGGACACGACGACAGUUCAUCAAAAGGAAUCAUUGCAGUAAAAACGUUUCCUGAUCAGCCAACAAUGUUGCUAAUUUGUAUCUCGUUUGUGUUACGAACAUGUGUGUAGAUUAAGAUUUAUACCCGACAAUUAAACCAAUACCUAAAAUCUUUGACUCAACAGUCUAACACUUUGUAAACUAAAUGGUUUAAACCACUCAUUAAUUAAUAAAAUUAUUCAUUAUCAACCAUAUUCAUCUUACACUUGAACAUAAAUAUAAGAGGAAAUGAAUGGUGCAAAACACUACCAGACUAUACACAACAGUGUAUAUAUUACUUAAGUGAAUCCAGCAUCAGUCCAGGCUAAAAUUCCAUUUGCUUUUAAAUAUGGCGAAAUGCUCCUAAUACUACCAAUGAAUUUGUAUACACAAACCCGAACAGCGAUGAAAGCUUUUGUAAACCUGAAUACGAAGUCCCAAAUGUGGUUCUUCAAGUUUUGUUUGUGGAUUUUAAACAUUAGUGUUUACUAAGUUAUCAGCAUGGAAGUCUGAAAUCCACAUCUAUUAACCCAAUGGGGAACUAAGAGUGAAAGCAUAUCAAUGAUCAAGGCGACUACAACCAACCAAUACGCUGCAACUUGGUAUCACGUAGUGAGGCGUGAUAUACUAUUACAUACAUGAAAUAGUUGAAUCUAAAUGACGAUUUAAUUUCGCUUUAGUAUUUAUAUCCUGUGCAUUUAUCAAGUGUGAUGUCUGUAGAGUAAAUAUGACCUAAAGACCAAUUCUUUUACUAUUUUUAAGGAUCCCCACUGUUUUGAAAUACAUGGCAGCCCAACUAUCGCUAAAUUGUGCAAAGGAAAGUGGUUGCGAUGGUGCAGAGUUACUGAAUUGUCAGAAAGACACUUUUAUAAUUUGUGUUUGCCUUUAUGAACAAAUACAUUUAUUUUAU